CUAAUAUUGAAAUGUUGCAUAGAAAAUAAUUAACUAUUCAACUAGGAUUAAAAUCUCGAUAAUCCUCUCCAUCUUCCUAAGGAUCUGAAACUCCAAAACAUAAGAAAUCUAAUUCUUACAUGUAAUUUUCACCUAAAUUGGAUUGUAAUAAUGGAUUAUCAUUUGUAAAUGAGAUUAAGGAAGUCAAAAUUACAUCUCCAAGAACCGAAGACCUAUAGUCACCAAAGUCAUAGUCUCUUAAAUAGAUCAAAUUUAAUAACAUUUAAAAAGAAGAACAAAUGAAAAAGAGUCAAUUUAGUAAGACUAAAAGUGAUGAUUUUAUUUGAAUUUAUUUGC